ACUGAACCCCAUCAAUUACAGAGGCGCGCCCUAUUCCUUUGAACCGAUUCAACACUCGUACAUCCUCCUCUGGCCCUCCCAGACGAGAAGAAUAUGUGCGUCCUCGCCACCACCCUCACCCAGCUCAGCUAGCCUCCACCAGAACCACUAGCCGGCCGGCGCAAGGAGAGGGAGCCAUGUCCGAGCUCGCGGCGGGCGCCGUGAGCUCCCUGCUGGUUGUCAUCCGCAGCGAGGCGCUGCUGCUGCGCGGCGUCCGGGACGACGUGCAGUUCAUCAAGGAGGAGAUGGAGAGCAUGAAGAGCUUCCUGACGCACCUGACCAGGUGGGCGCCCCCUGGCGGCGAGCACGACGACCAGGUACGCACCUGGAUGAACCAGGUGCGGCUGCUCGCCCAGGACUGCAACAACUCCAUCGGCCUCUACCUCUACAGGGGGAACCCCGACAUCCGCCGCGCCAGGGGCGGACUCCGAGGCUACCUCUGGUGGGCAACAUGGUUCUUCCACAAGUUGGCCGCGCAGCACCGCGCGGCCGAGGAGCUGCGCCUGCUCAAGGAGCGGGCGCGCGACGUCGGCGAGCGGCGGUUGAGGUACGGCGUGGAGGUCCCGACCAUGUCAGGCAAGGGGCAAUCGCCUUCAAGGGCAUCGUCGUCGUCCUCCUGGGCUGCUGCGGCAGGUGGCUAUGCUGCUGCUGGGGACGACGAAGAAGAAGAAGAAGGUGACGAUCAACUCGUGGGGGUGAUGGCGGUCCGCGGCCAUUCUGCUAGAAGAGCCUUCACCGAAUCUCGCAGCCUGGACGACUACGCCAAGGCAAAGCUAUGGAAAUGGGCAGAAGGAGUUCCUGCAGGUGCUGGAGAAACUUUGUCCAUGGUCGUUGUGGCACCCUACAAACAUCAGGACUUCCUCGCACUUGUACAAGAAAUUUGGGUUUUGAAAAGGCCAGAGGACUUAGGGUACCAUCGCAUUGUCUUGGUCGACAUCCUGGCCUUGCACCAUGAUUCCAUGCCGCUACGGCCCAAGGAAGUUCUCUUCUACAUUCUGCGCGAGCUCAAGCAGGCCAAAUCCAACCCCCAGGAGCAAGGCACGGAAGGCCAAGUGGAUCUUGACUCUUGGGAAGUUUAUCUAAGAAGAUGGCAAAUUUACCGUGAAAAGAAAAGGGCUAUUGCUCUUCUUGAUAUCGAGGAGAAUAUCAAAGAGAUGAAGAUUUAUGAAAAGCUUGACAAAAUCAAAAGUGGUAUUCAAAGUCGACUAGCAAAGGGCGACGGACUACCCAAGGGCGACAAGCUGCAGGGUGAUUUUGACCAGUUGGACCUAGACGUGCAACUUCAGCUGCUGCUCCAGACAGCGUCUCAACAAGAUCAAAAUGGAAAGAACAAAGACAUGCAUAGAUUACCGGCAUGGGACAAGAAGAACAUCAUCGUCAAGAAGCUUAAGGAGCAUAUGGAAGCAGAGGAAAAGGGCAAGAAGCUUGAAGAGGAAGAAGUUGCCAAGCAUAUGGGGGAGGAAGGAGAAGAAGCCACAACCAAGCAUAUGGAGGAGGAAGGAGGGGAAGGAGUAACAUGCAAACAUAUGGAUGAUGGAGGAGGAGAAGAUGCCGCGGCCAAGCAUAUGGAGGAGGAAGGAAGAGGAGCAGUAACAUGCAAACACAUGGAGGAUGGGGGAGGAGAAGUAGCCAUACAUAGGAAGAAGGAAAUGGAGGGGGGAGGAGAAGUAACCAUACAUACGGAGGAGGAUAGGGAGGAAGAGGAAGAAGGAGGCGGGGGAGGAGGAGAAACAACCGAGCAUAUGAAGCGGGGAGGAGAAGUGGCCAUACAUAGGGAGAAAGGUAUGGAGGAGGGAGAAGAAGAAGUAACCAUACAUAUGGAGGAGGAGGAGGAGGACGACGACAAAGGCGAAGACGGAAAAAAAGAAAUGCAAAGUCGGCAGACGGCAUGGAUUGAGCUCGCUGAUGCACAAUAUGCACACAUCCUGCGGAAACUGUUCCCCAAGACCAGCAGCAGCAGCAAGCCCCUGCAGGCUCAAGACAGAUCCAUGGACAAGCAAGCUACAAAGACCACGACGGCUACAUUGGGUGAGGAUCAAAUAAAAAAACUCAUCCAUGCCGCAAAGGAAGAUAUCUUACGGGAGCUGAAGCAAGGAAAAUAUGACAAGAGUGAAGGGACAGGUGAACCUGGUGCUCCGGAUCAAAACCCAGAAACUGUUUCUGAAAAUAUAUUUGCCUGUUUCGUGGAUGAGAUGAUGGACAAAAUGAAGCAUGAGUUCAAAGAGCAGCUCAAGAUCAAAGGUCUAGUGGAUGAGAUUAAACAUAACUUGAAUUAUGUUCCGUACCUGGAUAAUUAUGAAUGUCCCUUGUUUAUCCUCAAAGUUGAUGAGUUGAUGGAUGUUUCCGCAUGGGAGGAUAUCAGAAAUUCUUUAAGCCUGUUAAACUGCAGCGCUGAUUUAAUGAUCAUCACCGCCACAAAGGACACCCAGCUGGCUAAAGAAUAUUGCUAUCCACCGCGGGAACCUAUAGACUAUUCUCUUGCUGGGCUCUACCAUGAUACAGUGCUCGAGUUUAUUGGCCAGCAGAAGAAUGAAAACAGCUACAACCCCCAAAUUUUCCAAGAUAUCUUGUACAAAUGUGAGCCACAUGAAUUCUGCAUGAAGAUCUUUACUCAUGCUUUGUAUGCUAACCCCAAGAGGAGCAAUGAGGAGUUGCUCAAGCUGCACAGCACCCUGCAGGCUUUACCAACAACAUCAUUCAACAGCAUCGCUAAGGUGAUGUUCAAGUUCUCUUACAAUGACCUGCCUAAAGAAUACAAGUCCUGCUUGUUGUACCUAGCUAUCUUCUCUCCUGGACAAAAGAUCAGGCGGUCAACAUUGAUUGCACGAUGGGUUACAGAAGGGCUGACAUCCAAGGAAGAUUGGCCCAGUUCUGUGCGUCAGGCCAACCGAUGUUUUGUCACGCUCGUUGGCCGGUGCCUUGUUGAUCCUGCUGACAUUGAUGUCAUGGGAAAUGUAAAGAGCUGUGUCGUAAGUGAUCCAGUUCAUGGAUUCAUUACCACCAUCGCCAGAAAACAACACAUUGUGGAGACACGCCUGUCACAUCACUUGGCUCGCCACUUCUCCAUUUUCAACCAUCUCCAACUCCGCAGCUCUGAUAGAAUUGAUCAAUUCUUCAAGGGGCUCUCUAAAUCAUCUCAAGUGUCCCUGCUCAAGGUGCUAGAUCUAGAAGGUUGUCUGUGCUUUCUUAAGAAGAAACAUCAAUACCUCAAGGAAAUCUGCAGCAAGAUGUUACUGCUCAAGUAUCUGAGCCUAAGGAGAACAGAUAUUACCCAGCUACCCAGUGAAAUCAACAACCUCCGUGAGCUAGAGGUACUAGAUAUCCGAGAGACUAAGGUGCCUCCACAUGCAACAGCACAUAUCCUGCUAUUGAAGCUGAAGCUUCUGCUUGCUGGUCACAUUGAUCCAAGCAAUUUUGAAUCUAAUCCCCGGAUUCCUCAUAGGAUCGACAAAAUGGUAAACGUGGAGGUACUAUCCAAUGUCAAGGCCAAGCAGAGUCAUGAUUUAAAAGAUAUUGGAAGGCUAUGGCAGCUGAGGAAGCUAGGUGUGGUUAUCGAUGAUAAGGAUAGUCACCUCAAGAAUUUGCUUAAGGCGAUCAGUGACCUACAUGAGUGUCUCUGUUCUCUGUCAAUCACUACUCCCAUAGCCACACCACAUGAGGCAGAGUUGCCAGAAGUCAAUGUACCUUACCUAAAAAAACAUCCCAAGAUUCUUGAGUCUCUAAGCAUCAAGGGAACCACACAGAAGGGGCGUCUUCUUCCAUUGUUCAUAAAAGGUGAUAACAACAAACUUGCCAAGAUAACUCUAUGUCAAACUCUGCUGAGAAAAGAUGAUAUGGAAGUCCUCGCCAAGCUGCCCAAGUUAAGGUGUGUCAAGCUCCAACACAUUGUAUGCACCGAGCACAUGCUGAACUUCAAGGGCGGUGAAUUCAGAUGCCUCAAGUACCUUGUUGUUGAGGACUCGGACUUGACUAAUAUCAAUUUUGAGGAUGGUUCAGCCAGUGAGCUCGAGAAGAUGGUUUUGUCUAUCAGCAGCGAAUGCUCUAUUUCUGGAGUUGACUGUCUUCCUAAACUGAAAGAGCUUGAGUUGAACAGCAGCUUAUGCGUCAGUUUGCUUCACGAUGCCGAACAGAUAGCCAAGCUGACUCUUCGUGAUACAUUGUUAGAGCAAGCUGCUCUACAACUGCUCACCAAGAAACCAAAUAUACGCUGUCUGGUGCUCUUGGACAAGUCUCUUGGUGGAACAAAGAAUGAGAUUACAUUAGAAAAAGAUGAGUUCUUAUGGCUCAACCUCCUUGUUGUUGACUGCUCAGCCAUCACCAAGAUUGUCUUCAACAGCGGGUCUGCUCCUAGGCUCGAGAAGAUUGUCUGGUCAUCUUCCACAUCUCUCUCCGGCAUCGACAACCUUCCAAGAUUGAAGGAGCUUGAGUUCAACGGUGACAAAGUCCCCAAUGAGGUGAGUGAGGCCAUUGAAAAGCAUAAAAACAAGCCUAGUUUUAAACAUAAUGGACCGGAAACUCAAAACGAAGCAAAAGGAGAUGGAGAAGAGGAUGACGACGAUGCUGCAACAUUCUCCUGCUGGAAGAAACAGGUUUGACACCGGAAGGGCCCCUCCUUUCAUCCCAUGGUAUGGUUUGCGUGUGCUAGUGUGGAUUGCAAUGUGUUCUGCUUGUCUGUUAAUUUCCUUGUGUUUAUGUUCAGCGUGCAUUGCAACUGAAGUAUGUCCGUUUACUUGCUCUACGUGAGUGCCCUAGUGGCUCCGAUUGAGCAUAAACGGUUGUAUCUAUGCCUGUAUUUGAAUUCGUGGGGAUUUCCUCUGUAUCGAACAUCAUUAGCAUUCGUGUACGGUUUCAUGUAAUAAGUGUGAUGUUUGUGCGCACAUUUGACUUCUUAUUAAAAUAUGCAGUGUGUAUCAAUAUGCUUUGAUUGGGUUCUGCAACUCAAAGAUGAA